CUUUUCAGGGGGGUAAUGACACGCAGCGGGGCGGUGCAGACGUACUGUCAGGAACCGCACAUGUUGCACAAUCACUGCCGAACAGACCACUGGCAUGCCGGAUAAAGCUUUCUCUGGAUGACUCUUCCCAGCCGUCUGAGCAGAUGAGCGUUUAUGCCAAAUUGCUGCCAACACGAUGGGACAAACCGAGUGAGACGACAUGUGGGUGUUCAUGGAGCGAAGUUUAGCCAUGGUUUGGACCUUCCUGCUGGGAGGCGGACUCAGUCUGGACUUCUCUGUUGCAACAACCAAGACCGUCCCUCAAUCGCUGCGGCUCCUCGGCUGUGUGUUUAUACCUCGAAGUAACGUCACCUGCCACUGGACGCCUGGAGACAAUCAGGCAAUGUACUAUACCCUUAAAGCUGAAAAAAUCCCAAGUUCAAAAAGCUCGACAUUCAUCUGUACCACAACCGGGUUGAGCUGCACUGCAGGAAUCAAUGGAUCCGGACUUAGGUUCACGUUUUGCAUCAGCGUCAUAUCGCACGGCAUGAGUGGAAAUAUUUCAUCUAAAACUCGGUGCCAGUCUGCAAGAAUAGAAGGAAAAUUGGCUCCAGCGAGUUUGAACAGCGUCCAACAAGUUGACGGUUCCCCUCACUGCCUGAGUGUGUCCUGGACAAGUAAUGUGACUCAUUUUCCCCUGUCUCCAUCAGAAAUUGAAGCUGGACAGCUGGAUUCUCAAAUGAAGUUUACACCAGAGGGAGAGGUAAAUGCUCAGGUCAGGAGUGUGAGUGUAACUGGAUACACUUUCCAGGUGUGCCUCUUCAAGCCGGACACCUCGUAUACGCUCCAGAUUCGAAACCGUUACCUGGGCGAGGUCAGUCCCUGGAGCGAGUGGAGCAACCCAUUUCAGGGAAGGACAGCAGAGGCUGCCCCGUCUGCAGCACCAGCUCUCUGGAGGGAAGUGGGACUUAUCGGCAGGAACGGAUGGAGGCUCAUUUCUCUGCUUUGGAAGCCGCUGCCUCGCCUCCUGGCCAACGGCAGAGUUGCCUUCUACAAUGUGACUUGUCGGGCAGAGAAUGAUCUGAAUCUUAGCGAUUAUGGGAGCUGUGGAAAACUGCAGCAUGAAAGCACAUCCUGCAGCUUGCCUCUUCCUGCCGGACGUUGCUCCUGUAGUCUGACGGCGUCCACCUCCGCAGGGACAUCGCCUGUAGCCCGGAUCUGGAUCUCAGGCUCCUCUGAAAAAGAGCCGCCGCCUCCGGCCGAGCUCACGGCCACGCCGCUGGGUGACGGCAGCUUGGUGGUUCGCUGGAGGCCUCCGCCAGAUCUGUCAGUGAGCGGCUUCGUGGUGGAGUGGGUUGCAGUCAGAGAGGAAACCAGCAGCGUUCUGCACUGGGAAAAGCUGAAUAGUUCCUCUACAAAGCUGAUCAUCACAGAGGGAGUGAAGACAAUGGAACGUUACGCUGUCUCUGUCAAGGCUCUGUAUGGCGAACAAGGAGCAGGAGAAAGUUUAACGCUCCAUGUUUAUACGCAGCAAGGAACGCCCUCAGCUGGUCCUGAUGCGCGGGUGGAGCGCAUUUCUGAAAGCUCAGUGGAGCUCAGCUGGAGUCCCGUACCUGUGGAGCGGCUUCAUGGCUUCAUUCGGAGCUACGCCCUCUUUUGCACCACCAGAAACCAGCUGGAAAAGAGUGUAACUGUGCCAGGCCACGUCCACCGCUACACUCUGGAGAAUAUGUCGCCUGGUAUUUACGACAUAUUCAUUCGCGCUAGCACCGUCGCCGGUACUGGUCCGGCUGGGAACCCGGCUAACGUUCACAUUGGCUCUGAGGAAAUAUCGAUAGUGAUCUGCAUCAUCGUUCCACUGCUGCUGAUUUCACUGGUGCUGAUUCUGAUACUCCUGCUGGCUCAGAGGAGAGUGAUAAAGAAGAAGCUCUGUCAUGGAGUGCCAGAUCCUUCUAACAGCACCGUGUCCCGGUGGAACCCUCAUACCAGCUUCGAGAAUACGAAGCUGAUUAUGGAACAAGAGAAGCCAGAAGUCAGCUUCCCUGAAGUCGUCGGGAGGCGAGAUCUAGAGUGGGCCCACAGCUAUUUACCCAUCUGCAAAAAUCAGCUCUAUUUUGACCCGCAGCCCUCCUCUUUCCUAGCCGGAGCAUCAGAUAGAGGAUAUAUCACGAACGUGACCAGGACCCAGUCUGCCAAUGAUCUUUCCACCAGGCCCUACAGCUAUUCCACUGUCCUCUUCAACCAAUUCAACCAGUACCUGCCGUCCUCUCCUCAGGCCGGUCAGAAUCCCAAUAUCUGCUGUAGUGACAUUAAGCAGGCAGCAGAUGGAAGCAGCGAGUCAUCGGUCUUCCCGUUUACCGAGUUGGAAGAACAGAAAGCCUUUGCUUUUUUUCUGGAGCGCUUUAAAAGCCUUCAUUCCUCACCGGACUUCAGCAGUACUCCUCCUUCCUGUGCCUCACUUCCUCAUCAGACUGAUUCACCAAGGUUAAACUCGGCUUACAGAAAACUUCCGUCGGACAGCUUUGCUUCAACAUUUCCCUCUCUUGCCUUUGUGGAUUUAUCCUCAUCCCCUGUGGAGUUUGGUCCUUACAUCUCCUCUGAUCGCUAGAUUAAGAUUUAAGAUUAUUUUCGUAAACCAAGACUUUAUUUUCUAGUUGGAAGUGUCAUAGGUCUCUCCCAAAAGAUAAUCACAAUGGGGUAUCAUUUUAGAAACAGAUAAAAUCUCAGUUUUUAUUUAUUCAUUCAUUUUAAAAAAUGAGAUGUCAAAAAAUUAUUUAUACCCUUCUAUCAAUGGAAAAGCUUUCAAUGCUUUUUGCUUACCUGCUGUGGUAUUUUUGCUAAUUUAUAUUUCGCAAUGAGCUCAACGUUUUUGAGGUUGGUUUGUCCCAUUAGUGAAUCAGCCAGUCACAUGAGAGCAACCUAAUAUGUUUUGGUCAAAACAUAUAAUAAUGAUUCUGCCAAAUAAAGUUGUGGAAUUCAACUUCAGAUAAAGUAAA